GGAGGGAGAGAGUGAGAGAGAGAUAGCUGAAGUCAUCAGCGGGCUGAGGGAAGUGAAUGGGUCCUGCACGCAAAGCAGAAAAGCGCUGAAACUGUGGAGAUUUACUUUGGUUCAGUUGUAGCUCAGCGAGAAGGAGGAGGUGUGCGCUUGGUGGUUAGAGCAACGCGAGCUGUUUAACGUAAAAACUUAAUUUGUCUUUUCUGUUGUUGGUCCUGUAGUGGCUUUUACGUCAGCUGAUGGUCAGAUGAAGCCGAGACCCUCGGCAUAUUAGCGCAGUCUGUACACCGGGACGCACGGCGCAUCUCUUCUGAGAAAGACUUGGAGAGGGAGGGAAAGGUUCAUUUGGAGUUCUACAAAUGGAUUUAAUCCCCCAAACUUCUCGAGAGUCACGAUAAUGCUUCAUUAAUCAUUCUAUUUUUUCUUUGCGACCUUCACUGAUGUUUGAUUCUACUUUUCUCCUCCUCGCAACGGAUGAAAAUCCAUCUUUUUGGCGUGGUUGUUUGGUUUUUGUUUGGGGGUUUUUUGUUGGGGGGGAUGUUCUUUAUAACUACAAGGAUAACGGAUCCCUAACUCAGUCUGGCUUUCUUGGCACAUAUGUGGACCUUAUCCAGGAUGUUACAGUCUAAGCGGCCCAGGCAUCAUUGGGCCACUGUACAUUACCAUCACCACAUAUCACCACAUUGCUGGGGGUCCCGCUGUGUCUAGGAAUUACCUGCAAUCCCGCCUCUGUCUUCGUCUGGGGACAGAAAACGGAAUCUUAUUAAUAAGUGUUUUGGCGAACAUUGACAUUGGCUUUACGAGUCUCACCUCUGGGCUACUAUGCAAUUACAACUCUCCUUUGUUUUGAUCAUCUUGCACUGCAUGGAUUACAUUGGUUGUCAGCAGCACAGCAGCUCCAGGCACCGGCAACAUAAACCGAUCUCUGGUGUGAGCUCAGGGUGCCAGCAGGGUGGCUGUCUGACCUGCUCUGACUACAAUGGCUGUCUUUCCUGCAAGCCGCGCUUCUUCAUGCAUUUGGAGAGGAUUGGGAUGAAGCAGAUCGGGGUGUGCAUGACUUCCUGUCCGCCAGGCUUUUAUGGCACACGCUCUCCUGAAAGAAACACCUGUACAAAGUGCAGGUCGGAGUGCGACUCCUGCUUCAACAAGAACUUCUGCACGCACUGCCGAGCAGGAUUCUACCUUCACCUGGGCAAGUGCCAGGAGAACUGCCCCGAGGGCAUGGUCCGCAGCGACACACAGAGGGAGUGUAUUCUCAAGUGUCCUGCAGACUGUGAGUCAUGUGUGAGCAGCGACAUGUGUAAGCAGUGCCGGCCGGGCCUAUACCAGCUCAGUGGCAUGUGUCACCAUGUCUGUCCAGAGGACUAUGAGCCCAAUGACAAACUCAUGGAGUGCAUACCGCAAGUGCACUGUGAGGUGGGUGAAUGGAGCGAGUGGAGCCCCUGCUCGAAAUCUGGUAGAACCUGUGGCUUCAAGCGGGGCCAGGAGACCCGCACAAGGCAGGUCAUGCAGUACCCGUCGUCCUUUGGCAAACCCUGCCCUGAGGUCUCUGAGAUCAGAGAGUGCAUGGUCAGGAGGAGGAAAUGUCCAGGACGGAAGAAGAAUGAGCGGAGAGAAGGAAGGAAUCGCAACAACCGGAAAGAUAAGGAGAAUCAGGAGGGGAGGCGGGAGAGGAAGAGAGAAAGGGAACGAGAGAAGGAGAGAGACACGGGUGAACGUGAAGAUUCUGUUAACAGGAACAAAACAGAGCACAGGCACCGCAGAGGCCACGAGACAGAGCUAGUCUCACCUGUAGACGGCCCUAUCCAGUAGUGCUCGGGGGAGAUAACAUCCAAUGCCUCACCACCUUAUUUCUGUCAUCUUCCCAUCCUUCGUGCUCCAAAACUUCCCCACCCUCACCUCUGUUUGCCCCACUCACAACCUCUCUCUGCAGGGGUGUUGCUGCUACCUGUAUGAUUUGAAUAUACUGUUUAUGCACAAGCAGGACGGGGCACAUUCAGCCAAAAGGCUGGAGCCACUAUUGUUUUCAGCUCCUCUUCAACCGUUGAGAGCGUCUCUUAUGAAAAGUCCAGGAGACACUGCUGAGACUGCUGUUGGGACUGCAGAACACUGAGAAUUGUCUGUGACAGUGUGGAGGACUGUCAGAGAAAUGUAAUGAGAGACAAAGACAUUACAUGUUUGUUGAAAUGGUUAUUUAAUAGGGCUCUGGUACAACAUUGUGCAUCUUGGAUUUUGAAUGUAGAUUUUCCAGCAUUAUGUAGAAGAAUUCUCAUUAUUGUUGUUCUUGUUCUUUAGAUCUCUUUAUUUGGUGCAGAUUUUGUAAAGAAAAAAUAAAGAUAAAAAGUGAGGGGUUUUUUUUUUUUUUUGCUCUUUCCAUCUCGUGACAUCUUCAUAAUCACUACAGCUGAGGGCGACCUACCUUGUAGGCAACUGCAUCUUUGCAGUAUUUGCAAGAUCAUUAGAAUAUUCACUGUAAGCAAACUAUCUGGUGUGUCCAGCUAAAGGGGAACCCGCUUGGUAUGAAUAAAAGGAUUAUGGUCAUAAAGUUUCAAGUGUAUGCAUGUCUGGUGGAAAUGUUAAUUUUAUCCAGAUAAGUGAUAAAUCUAAUCUACCACUGGUUUUUCUUGUGUAAAUAGAAGCUCUCAAUACAGCUCCGACUAGAAACCAAAACACUUGUAUGUCAAAUAAAACUAUAAUGGGUUUGUACCUGUGACUGCUUUAAUCUCUCUUUUUUGCCCCUUCACCUUCAUCUUGUGCAAUCCAAACAAGUAUUAGCUGAUUUCAACUAGGAAGUGAAACUCAGUACACAGAUGCCACGCUCUCCAUUUGGCUUAAAUCUGAUUGCAGUAGUAAGAAGCUAUGGCCUUAAAAACUUACUUUAAAAAAAAAAAAAAAAUAAAAAAUACUGGGAGCCCAUCUUUCUGUAGCUGAAGCUACUCUGGCAAAAUAUACUUGAAUUUAUUAAAGUGCGUUAUUAAAUUUGUGUGCAUUUUUGAAUAAUCCAUAACCCAAUUUGGUCAGUUUAAACAAGUAAACG